CUAACCAUGUGGACACUGUUCACAAAUUGUUGACUGCUCUCAAAUAUGGCAGCGAAGAGGAAACCAGAAGCACAGAUUCCGACUGAGGAGAGCGAUCAGCUCCUUAUAAGGCCCUUAGGAGCCGGCCAGGAGGUGGGGAGGUCAUGCAUCAUGCUUGAGUUUAAGGGAAAAAAGAUAAUGCUGGACUGUGGAAUACACCCGGGCCUGAAUGGUUUUGCAUCACUACCCUUCCUUGAUCUCGUUGACCUUGAGGACAUAGAUCUCAUCCUUGUCAGCCAUUUUCACCUGGACCACUGCGGAGGUCUACCAUACCUUCUGGAGAAGACAGGAUUUAAGGGGCGCUGCUUUAUGACCCAUGCCUCCAAGGCCAUCUACCGCUGGCUACUCUCAGAUUACGUCAAAGUCAGCAAUAUCGGGACAGACGACAUGUUGUAUUCGGACAAGGAUAUUGAAAACAGCAUGGAUAAGAUUGAAACUAUUAACUUUCAUCAGGAAGUGGACGUGGGUGGGGUAAAGUUUUGGUGUUACACAGCAGGCCAUGUGUUGGGAGCGGCUAUGUUCAUGAUUGAGAUUGCUGGUGUCAAGGUGCUGUAUACUGGAGAUUUCUCAUGCCAGGAAGACAGGCAUUUGUGUUCCGCGGAAAUACCGAACGUCCAUCCAGAUGUCGUGAUCACAGAGUCGACAUAUGGUACCCACAUCCAUGAGGACCGAGAGGACAGAGAGGCCAGAUUUACUGGGCUCGUACAUGACAUUGUCACCCGUGGGGGACGCUGUCUCAUCCCCGUGUUUGCUCUUGGGAGGGCCCAGGAACUGCUCCUUAUUCUCGAUGAAUACUGGACAAACCAUCCGGAGCUUCAUGAUGUUCCUAUCUACUACGCUUCCUCACUCGCGAAGAAGUGCAUGAGUGUUUACCAGACAUAUGUUAAUGCCAUGAAUGACCGCAUCAAGAAACAGAUCUCCAUCAGCAACCCUUUUGUAUUCAAACACAUCUCCAAUCUCAAGAGUAUGGAGCAUUUUGAAGAUAUCGGUCCGUCGGUAGUGCUGGCAUCACCAGGGAUGAUGCAAAGUGGGCUGUCCCGGGAGCUGUUUGAGAGUUGGUGUACAGACAAGAGGAACGGGUGCAUCAUAGCGGGCUACUGUGUGGAGGGGACACUAGCCAAGACAAUCCUGUCAGAGCCAGAGGACAUCAUGACAAUGGCAGGUCAGAAGCUGCCCCUCAAGUGCUCUGUGGAUUACAUCUCCUUCUCUGCCCACACAGAUUACAAGCAGACCAGUGGCUUCCUCAGGACGCUCAAACCAACACACACUGUGCUGGUCCAUGGGGAACAGAAUGAGAUGGCGCGCCUGAAGGCAGCCCUUCUACGCGAGUAUGAAGAUGACACAGAGUACCAGAUGCUUGUCCAUAACCCCCGCAACACUAUCGCUGUUGAACUUCACUUUCGAGGAGAGAAAAUGGCCAAGGUUGUUGGCUCGUUGGCAGCAAGGAAACCGGAGGAUGGAGAGAAGAUAUCCGGUAUCCUUGUCAAGAGGAACUUUAACUAUCACAUCAUGGAUCCUAAAGAUCUCUCUAAUUACACAGAGCUUGCAAUGAGCACUGUGACCCAGCGCCUGAGUAUCCGAUACACUGGCCCGGUGGCUCUGCUAACAUACUACCUGACCCAGCUGUCCGGCGACAUAGAGAGCUCCACCCAGCGUGACCGCUGUGUUAUGCGCGUGUUCAAGUCUGUAAACGUGAUAGUUGAGCACAAGCUCGUCAUAAUCGAGUGGCUGUCAAAUCCUGUCACUGACAUGUAUGCUGAUGCUGUCGUCACUGUCGUCAUGCAGGCAGAAAAUGAUCCGCUUAGACACAAAAGUAUCCCGCAGGCAGUGAAGGUAGAGAAGAGCCACAUUCAGGAGUGCAUGUUAGAGAUGCUCACAGAUAUGUUCGGCAAGGAGUGCAUUGGCAAGUUAAUCCGAGGCAACAACAUCUCAGUUACCAUUGACGAGAAAGUCGCCCUCGUUAAUGUUGAAACCUUGGAGGUGAAGUGUGAAGACAGUGAUCUGCAGGCAACGAUCCAGACAGCAGUGACCAAGCUGCAUCAGGCCAUUGCCCCUGUCCGGCCUACCACCGACUUUAACCUCGGGGCUGCCAAAUGAGCUGGGUGGGCAUACUUGAGUGGAGACAUCAAGAACAUUGAAUCAACAUUCAGAAACUGUGAAGUUGAAUACAUGCAUGCCUUUGACUUCUGUUAGUCAGACUGGCAUAACCAUCAUCUGAAAGAUCUGUGUAAUGAUAGUGCUGGAAAGUGAAAAGUGAUUUUCAAUGCUUUAUUUGAUAGGACAGUGUUUUUCCAGGCAUAAGUAAGGGUAUGAUUUUAAUUCCACCUGUUUGUUAUUUUGACAUUUCCUGGAUUCAGUACUGAUCAACACAUACUGAGUUAUUCCCCUGGAUGUGCUGUCCCCUGGAUGUGCUGUAUUGUAAAAGUAAUUAUUUUGUCACACUUGUUAUAUUGUGAGUUAUGUUGAUAAAAUAUUAUGCAUGUAAUGUAAAUAAAUAAGAUACAAGGAGUCGUAU